GCAGUCAUCUUAUUUAUCCGCGCCAACAUUUGGCUAAUCCAUCAACUUCAAUAUAAACAUCACUGCUUGUAUCCCUCUACUAUUACACUUUCAAACACAGUGGUAGCCAGCAUGGCCUCACACACUCAAACCAUGCCCCUUCCCAUCCGCACAAACACAGUCGAUUCGCAAAAGUCACGAUCAUCGUCAUCGGGCCAAAUCUCUCCACCAUACUCCCCAGCAUCACCAACAUCUCGCAUGGCAACAUCUCCAACCGAAGAGUCCUUCUUCGGCGCCAUCACAGCGCGAAUCUGCGGCCGCUCACGAAGUCGCUCUCGCGGUGCCCCAUCAGACAAGCGACCAAGGUCGCCGCCCAUGGCCAUGCCACCCGUCCAGCCACCACACUUACGACAUGCAUCUACCGCUAGCUCCACCAUUUCGCCGGGUCCAGUAGCUACCCCGGGACACAGUAUCAGACCAACUAUCCAGGAUGUAGGCAGGAGAACUACUAGCGGUAGCGACCCGUGGAGAGGCCGGCACUCAAACGACUGGCUUUUCAAUGGAUAUUCCGUUACUGCUUCAGCCAAGGACUUUCUCCAACGACGCAAGUAGACGGUGUACAGAACUGGUCUGCUUUAUGACGCUACAGCAACGGGGAAAAUAAUAUUCGUGUUUGAGCUGGCUCGGGCAAUGUAUUACUGCUUUCUUAUUAGCUCUCUUCGUAUUAGUUGCUUGUUUUCUUUUUCAUGUGUUAUCCUAAACAAAGUAAGUAGUUGUGUAAGAUAGUCAUUGUUAAUUAAAAUUCGGUGAAAUCUCCGAAAGCGUGCCGUUUUACUUGUUGUGAUCCUCCGACUUAUGUGUAGUACCAUGCGGAUAGGGGAUAUAGAUAACUUAGUGUUGGGGGUAUGUAUGUAUAUAUAAGGCU